GCCUUCGGGGAGCCCCAGGAUAUUCUUUGGAUCAAGCCCAUCAUCUUCCAAUUGAAAUGGAUCCAUUGAUUGCCAAUAACUCUGGUGUGAACAAACGGCAGAUCACAGACCUUGUGGAUCAGAGCAUCCAGAUCAAUGCACAUUGCUUUGUGGUCACAGCAGAUAAUCGCUACAUUCUUAUCUGUGGUUUUUGGGACAAGAGCUUUCGAGUUUAUUCUACGGAAACAGGAAAAUUAACUCAGAUUGUGUUUGGCCACUGGGAUGUCGUGACUUGCCUUGCCAGAUCAGAGUCCUAUAUCGGUGGGGACUGCUACAUCGUGUCUGGGUCUCGUGACGCUACGCUGCUGCUUUGGUACUGGAGUGGCCGACAUCAUAUUAUAGGUGACAAUCCAAAUAGCA